AUGGAAGAAGACGACAGCUAUGGCACUGGUGGUCUGAUGGAUGACCCCGAAGACUAUUAUCCCUCAACGCCUCCUCCCACGCAGCAAAUUUUCACCCUGGGAAGCGGCAAGCAGGUUGUCUUAAACUUGGUCGGCCACAGCCCUACAGAGGCUCAUCACUUAUGGAACGGCGCAAAGAUUAUAGCAGAUUACUUUGAGGAGGAUCCUUCGCGGGUGCAGCAUAAGACGGUGCUGGAGCUCGGCGCGGCGUCAGGACUGCCUUCGCUUGUGGCGGGCAUCUAUGGCGCCAAGAAGGUCGUCAUGACGGAUUUCCCCGAUCCGGAUAUUGUCAUGAACAUGCAGAAGAAUAUCGAUGCCUGUGAUGAGACUACGGAGCCGAAGGGCCAUAUCGCGAAGACUAUUGAUGCCGUUGGGUUUGUCUGGGGCGGAGAUGCCGUGCCCCUCCUUGCUUGUCUUUCAUCAGAAAACGGCUCGAAUCAAGAAGAAGAGCGGUUCGACGUUUUGAUUCUCGCGGAUUUGCUCUUCCGGCACUCGGAGCAUGGCGCCCUGGUCAAGACCAUCAGGGAGACGAUGAGGCGCUCCCGGGAGAGCGCGGCAUACGUCUUCUUCACCUCGUACCGGCCCUGGAAGAAGGAUCUGGACAUGGGCUUCUUCGACGUGGCGCGGGAGGCGGGCUUUGAGGUGGAGCAGGUGCUGGAGAAGAAGCUGGAGAAGCCGCUUUUCGAGAACGACCCGGGUGAUUUGGACGUUCAGAAGACGGUCAAGGGGUUUAUUGUGCGGUGGCCGGAGGAGAGUGCGUGA